AUGCACACGUCAUCUGACAUAAAGAAUACAAAGACUAUAUGGGACGAUGAGUUGGCUGAAGUCGCUCAAGCGCACGCCGACCAGUGCACCGUUGCCAACAGGGAUCUGCGUCAUGACAACAAGAAGGGGAGGUUCACCACCAAAUUCAGAUGCGUUGGACAAAACUUGGCCUGGGAAGCGGCACCGGACGGAGACCAGCCCAUGAAUGUGACACGUCAAGUAACGUCCUGGUUCAACGAAUACCGCGAUUUCGAUCCUGCCGGUAUCGAGCGUUUGCCCCCCCAAUUCGGAAAACAAACCGGACACUUCACUCAGAUUAUAUGGGCGGAAACCCAAUUCCUCGGCUGCGGCUUCACCCAGUAUACAUUGCACGGCGACCGUAGCCCAACGCCCUACCAGAAAAUAUAUGUCUGCAACUACGCGCCAGCGGGAAACUUCCUGUCAUUUCCGGUCUACGAAGCAGGAGCUCCCUGCAGUAAAUGCCCAAAGGACACCACUUGCCAACCGAGCAUCGGAUUAUACCAACCCGGAGAAGACCAAUCUCCAGAAGACCAACCCAAAGAAAAUCAUCUCCCAAGAAUCCAACUUCCAGAAGUUCAACCUCAACCCCAAAUGAACCGACCACAACCGAUGCGACCCCCAACCGGUCUGCUGGUGCCAAUUCUUUCCCCAGCUGCCCAACACCCACAAUCGUAG